CCCCAUGCGGGCUGCUUUCUGAACCAGCCCCCAGCCCUGACCCUGGAACUCUCUUGUUGGGAACCAGCACCUGUUGGAAGGCCCGGGUAUCUUGGUGAAUUUGGGACGUGACGAUGAUGGGACCGAUCCCAGUUAUGGGGUGGUAAGGCCAAUAAUGCCACUAUAGAAAGGCAAACCUGGCCCUUCCAGGGCUGGGGGUGCAGCUCAAAGACCCCAAACAUCGGCUUUAAUGAGCUCAAGUCCAUAUCCAGUCCUGCCGUGUGUUCCUGGGCAGGUCACAGGCCCCCUCGGAGCCUCUGUCUCCUUUUCUAGGAAGCGGGAAUGUACCCUGGCUUUUGAGGACCGUCGGGAAGGUCGGAGAGAAAGCUUCUGUCCUCCUUGUUGCCAUUGCUGUCCAUCCUCUUCCCACCUGGCCCACGUGGCCCUCGUCCUCUAGCACAGCCGGGGCAGCGAGGGGCAACGCUGGUGGCCAGGGACACAGGCCAGUGUGACUGUCGACAAGGACAGGGCCCUGCAGGUGCUGUUACAGUAACUCUGCCAGCCCCCGGCCAAGUACAAGUUGACCCAGGCCACGCUGGACCCCUGCCCCAGACCCAGCGCCACCCGUGGUGGGCUAAGUGGCCAGGACUGAGCGAACGUUGAAAGGGCCAUCAGGGAAGGGACAAGGACACCUGGAAGAAAAUGGGGAGGGGCGGCCCCAGUGAGGGCGGUGGGGGACCUUGGGCCAUCCCACGCCCUCUGCAGGCUUUGUCUCCUGUCAGAGGCAGGGCUGUGGGUGGCCGUCCCCUGCACCUGUCAGCUCAACCCAAGUCAACUCGCAAGGCGACCCUGGGUCCUCUCCCCUCAGGCAGCCCUCCGGUUUCAGCCUGCCCUUAAAAGCCUGAAUUAGAUGCAAAAGGCUGUGUCUGUGAGCAAUUUUAUGGAGAAAAGGUCCAACCCUUCCAUCAGAUUCUAGAAUGGCUUCCCGACCCCACUGCGGUUUAGCCCCAUGGUGCGCAGGGCCCACAUGGUGUUUGUGGGGAAAGACAGUUUUCCCUGCAUUUUCCAGGACUGUAUGGAUGACAAGAUGGGGCACGAGAGGCAGAGAGGCCUGCCUUGGGUCACUCAGCAAUCACUCAGAGAUCCUACCACAGCCCCUGGGGGCUCAGCCAGCUGACCGGAGAGGGGAGGGGGCCCGCUCUGCCUCUGCCCUUGACCCCUGACCUUGACGGGGCGCAGAGCAGGAGCCUUACUGGAGACCCAUCUUGCUCAGGGGCUCGCCUAAGAGACAAGCGUGGUUGGGCAGCAGUAAGCGGUCAUCUCCCCUCUCGGGGUGCUGGGGCCCCCGGCCUCGGACUAAGCGCUCGCCAUGUGCUGGGCACCCCAGGCGUAAUCCCAGGGAGGGGCUCUCACUACUGUCGCUACAGAUGGGCUGUCCAAGCACAGAAGUGAAGCUCCUGGCCAGGUCACCAGCUGGUAGGGGGGGGCUCAGGCUACCUCUAGGAGAGGCUCUGUAGACCCCCCCACCCCCCACCAGACAGACUGGACUCCACUCUCCCCCGUGCCUGACCACGGCAGUUCUUUGAACCGUUGCGGCUCAGUUAGCUCAUCAGGAAAUGGGGUGGAGAUGAGGGGUAGAGGGGGGGGACUGGCCAGGGCAAGUCUGAGCAGGAGAUCCAGGGAAAGCCUUGCAAGAGGUCAUGACCUGGGAGCCUCCAAACAAGGCCCUGGUGCCUGGCUCUUCCUGUCACUGAAAUGUCCCUGCGGGCAGAGGAAGCUGAUGAGCGAGGUGGAGACGCACAGACUUUUUGAAGACUCUCUGACUGAGGUCCUUGAGAAGAUCCCCAAGGGCCACAGUGAAGGGGAGGGGCCGGAGGAGGCCCUCGUGGAGACCGUGGUGGAGCACUACGGGAAGCUCUUCACCAUCAACCAGGACAUCCAGAAGCAUCUGGAGGCCUUCUCCAAGAGGAACCAGGUCGUCCACCAGAGCCUGGGGUCUCUAGAGGAGAGUCAUAGGGCUCUUACCCCGAGCCUCAAGAUUCCGCUGUGUCAGCUGCAAAAGAGGUGUCGCUGCAAGCAGGAACAGUGGUGACAGUUGGAACACCAUGUUGCCUACCAGAGAGACGUGGACAGCUGUGAUGUGGGAAGCAAGGCUGUCACCGCUGACCACAGCCCCAGAGACCUGAAGCCCAGGACUCCGGGGCUGCCCAGAGUGAGGAGCUCUGGGUUCCUCCAGCCCCCUUCCCAGCCCCUGCUCCAGGAAGAGCUUCUCAACUACAUGUAUGUGGCCAUCAACAACAUGAUCCAGCAGUGUUCGCCCUCCGCCCACAGCGUGCCCAAGAGCAGGGACCUCUUCUCCAAGCUCGACCUGAUUCAGGAAUUUAUGUUGGAAGUGAGAUUUAUAUCACUGCGCGUGGAACCCGGAGUGUGCUGGUCAGCGGACAGUGACAAGAGUGAGGGCCUCAGAAGAUACCCCAGGUCCUUCAGGAAAUGCCCAAGGGACCGAGAUUCGAUCCCCCAAACGCCCUUUCCCAGCACCCAGACUUCAGCGCGCUCCAGCACGUACACACCAGGCCGGCGACCAAGCCAGCCCUGCCAGCAUCAGGACCAUUUCCUUAGCCCCUCGGCCUCCUUUUGUCACCACAGUGCCCCCAAGUGGGUGGGAGCCAGCCUGUUCCCCGCACUGGGGGAUUGGCAGGCAACAAGGCUGCGGACCGGACCGGGGAAGAGAGAGAGGGAGUUCGCCGGGUGGGAGGCAGCGGGAGGUCAGGGGGGGACCUGCCAGGCUGGACUUGCACCUGGGAGCCAGGGCCGCACUGUCAAGGUCGUCGGUGGGUUUGUCUAAGAAGAGCUCUGGAUAGGUGGCUAGCUUUUAGGAAUAUGCGCGUCACAGAAACUCCCGCAAAGAGCCCCUCAGGGCCUAGGAGGCGUGAGAGCUGCCUUGCCCACUGCAGACCGGGGAGCCCGGCAGGCUGGGGGUCCUGAAUUUGUUCAUCGGGGGCGUCAGUGCCCUCUGCGUUUCCCGAGGGUCCCGGAGCUGCCCGGAGUGGAUGCUGCUCUCGGGGAGAGCUUGGCAAGGCAGAACCCCUCCCUCUCCAGCCUGCCUGGAAAGCUGGGUGAGAGGGCAUCUAAGGGAGUCCCCCUCCCCCUCCCCAGCCGGAUGUCCUUAGGCUGGGGGUGGAAGAGCUUGGUCUGGAUGAAAGCACUGGUUUGACACCCUCCCGGUGACCGCCGCCUGGAAAGGAUUCACGUCUGGAGGCCGGCCUGCCUCGGCUUUUUGGUGUGGAUAAAAGUCGCAAGUUGAGAGCAACUGACCAGCUGCGAACCAGCGAGUUAACUGUCAAAGAAGACUUUCAGAAAAGAUGCUGCUAUUCGGUCCACAAACGCCGAGGGUCGUCAUUUUCCAGGUGCUGUUGGGAGAGGGGCCAGGCGGCUCAGAGGGAGGGACGGUAGGAGCAGGAGUAGGACUUAGCUGCGGAAUUAGCGAGAGGAGCUACGUACAGUGAGGCUGAGUGUGGUCUGGUCUUCUGAGCAGCUUGAAGGGGAACCAAGGGGAGACCAUUGUUUCAAGUUCUGGUCUCACAGGCCUUUGGAGCAAAGAGGACGUCUCAGGCAGGCUGGAGUCAGAUUCCAGAAGGCGGAGGUCAUGGUGGGGGGCGGGGCUCAGAAAGUGAAGGGAUCACGAGGGGAGGGGUCUCCAGUCUGGCUGGAGCCGGAAGAACCUGAUGGGCGGUCUGAGAAGGUGGACUGCGGAACCAUCGUGGGGUCCACAGGCCCAGCUACGAGGUUUGGACGUCGGUCCAGAGGCCGCACGUGGGGGUGGCUUGGUCUUGGGCGGCUACACCAGAAGACCACAGACUGGGGGCUUAAACAACGGACAUUUAUCUCUCGUACUUACGGAGACCGGAGGCCCCAGAUCAAAGCACUGGUGGAAUAGCAGUCUGGCGGGGGUCUGCGUCCUGCUUCAUAGACGGCCCUCUUCUCGUUGUGUCCUCACAGGGUGAAAGGGGCAAAGCAGCUCUAUGGGGGUCUCUCUCAUAAGGGCACAAAUCCCAUUCCUGGGGGCGCCACCCUCAUGAUCUAACACCUCCUAACACACUGGAGACUGGAAUGUGACCAUGUGAAUUUGGGGUGAGGGGACGCAAGCGUUCAGUCCCUUGAAGGGAGCCUCCCACAUUCCUGCCUUCCUCUAUUCUCCCUCUCCCCGCAACAUCUGCUUUCCAGAGACACCUAGAGUAUCCCGUCCAUCUCCCUGUAACGUGGGCACAUGCUGGGCCAACGAUUCUUGGACGCGAACGUUUUGUCCGGAAGACAUGUGACCACACAGAGUGUGUCCCCGCUCCCGGAGCUUCUGAUUCAACAAUCUGGGGUCUUAG